CAAACACUUAAGAUUCUUUUUAGAUAACAAUCAAUCUUCUCCACCUACUCUUUAUCUCCAAAAGUAGCUCCUUUUAACAAGAUGGCUAUGAGCAUUCCUUGCUAUGCUUCAUUUGGCACCAAAUUGCAAGAUCCACUUAAUUAUAGCAACUACAAUGGAGUUAAAAAGGUGAAAAGUAUCAUAAAGAAGACAGUGAUUCCUUCUGUUAGUAGUUCCCCUGUUGAAUCUCUUCAGAAGGGAAAUUGGGUCAAGCUUAUUUGUGGUGCUAGCUUUGAGGAUUUGGUUGAUAUCAGGAACCUUUCUCUGGUUUAUACACUUGCCGGAGUUGAUUGCAUUGACUGCGCUGCUGAGGCGUCAGUGGUGAAUGCUGUAAAUGAAGGGAUAGAAGCAGCCAGAGCCCUUGUGCCCAUACGCAGGCCUUGGGUUAUGAUUAGUGUUAAUGACGAUGAAGAUCUUCAUUUCCGCAAAGCUGAAUUUGAUCCGGAUGAUUGCCCCUGGGAUUGCAUGAGACCUUGUGAGAAAGUGUGUCCUGCUAAUGCAAUACUGCAAAAGGGCGGAGUUUUGGCUGAGCGUUGUUAUGGUUGCGGUCGCUGCCUUCCGGUUUGUCCAUAUGACAAAAUAAGAGCUAUUACGUAUGUGAGAGAUGUUAUAGCUACAGCUGAACUUCUUGAAAGGGAUGAUGUUGAUGCCUUAGAAAUUCAUACCAGUGGAAGGGAACCUUCUGUUUUUAGAGAACUUUGGACUGGGUUGGGGAACUCAACUGCAAAUCUGAAACUCGUGGCAGUUAGUUUUCCAGACUUGAGAGAUUCAACCAUAUCUGCAAUGAAUGCUAUGUACUCUAUAAUGGAAUCCAGCAUACACUGCGUCAACUUAUGGCAGUUGGAUGGUCGACCAAUGAGUGGAGAUAUUGGGCGAGGUGCCACGAGAGAUGCAAUUGCUUUUGCACGAAAAUUGGCCUCUGCUGGCGACAAGCCUAAAGGCUUCCUUCAACUGGCUGGUGGUACCAAUAGUCACACAGUGGAAGGGUUGAAAAAAGAGAGAUUAUUCCAAACAACAACCAUACACGAGCCUUCAAGAUACGAGACAAUUCCGAGCACCUUACAUUCAACGAAUGCUUUGAUUGCUGGUGUGGCCUUUGGUGGCUAUGCACGAAAGAUCGUCGGUAGAGUUCUGAGUUCUGUGCAAAGUCAUCAUGGACUUGCUCGUGUUGAAGAUUUUCCCGAGCAACUUCUGCAGGCCAUUAUUGAAUCACUAGCUCUGGUUGGAACUGUUAAAUGUUACAACAUCCAGAAGCAGAUCACUUAGAUUGUAUUUGAGGUUGAUACACCAGCAGAAAUUUAGAACUAUGAGGUCUUGGUAAGGCCUGUCCAAGGAUUAAUGAUGGUAGUUGGUACACAGAUUCUCAAGGACAAAGGUCGAAAUCAGAGAUAACACUUCUAUCGUCAUACAGAUCAUAGAUAUACAUAGUGCAUUAUCGAAGAUUCGCAGGGGAAGGAUUCAAAAUUUUGACAUAACGGUCUGCCCUCUAACUUAUGCUCUUUACUUUGACUCAUUAGCUACUCUAUCCUCUGGCAAUGCUUUUAAUGCUUAAGUGCUUUGUUAAGUAGCUCACUUCAGCUAAAUGGUAUACUUAACCUUCCUUGCCAACCACCAUUUGUGCAUGUAUCAGUAAUUUCAUUUUUAUUUAUCGGUCAUCAAAUGAGAUAUACAGUAUAAGCCAAAAAUUUCAAAUUUCUAGUGUCAAAUGGCUAUCCCAUGCAAAGAACUCGCCACUAUUUUCAGCUCACUAGUAACUCUACACUAGAAACGCCCAUCAUAAAGGACCAACUUCAGCUUGGAUGAGUAAUUUCUUAUUUCCUUAAUUGACAUAUACACGUUGGAGCUAAGACUUAAACCAACAUGUUUCGAGAGCUGUAAAGCUUCUGAUGUAUAUUUAUCAUGCCUAUAUUGAUCUUUUCGGUUACAAUCUUAUAUUGACACACUGCACACAAACCCACAUCAGCUGUAUAUAAUUUUCUAUAUCCAUUAUCUUUUUGUAAAUUGUUUUCCUCUUUAUUUGUACCAUCUCUAACUAAGUUUUGGCUCAUGUGGUCAUGUCCUUUUUAGGAAAUUCUUGACGCGAAGGCGGCAAAUAGAUCUGUAUAACUCACAGAUUACGUGGACUCUAUCCUACGAUGUGUGAGUUAAGAAACUGCAGUUCUAGCAAAGCCAAAGGCAUAAUUUGUUGCUUGACUCAUGAUCAGCAAGUGCCACAUUUCUCAGUAGAAUACAGUUAAAGUCAUCUAUCGUCCGAGACGUGAGAAUUGGAUAAGUUAUUUCAAGAAAGGUCGAGUCAUUGGAGAUGAGAGAGCUGGAAGAGGGUGGUUUUGGAAUCAAUCAUCGUCCCGACUAGCUACAACUGAUGUCAAGUUCGAUCACUUGGCCUGACGUCUCAUCACAUUUAACUCCAUCCCAUAAGCAGUAAUCUCUGUUCAUAUUCCAUGAAAGAGUUUUUGUAUAAGAUCUUUUACCGUAGUAAUCACAAAUACUAGACGACCGUGCUCUUGGACAGAAGUUUCUGAUCAAAGCAUUUCCCUUCUUAAAUUCAAGAGAAUGCUUACAGUAGGUCCCUCAUCGGGUGUUUGUGAUUACUACGGUCAGGAAUCUUAUCCAGAGACAAUUCAUGGAAUAUGAGCUGAGAUUGGUGUCUAUGGGAUGGAGUGAAUGUGAUAAGACGUGGGGGCAUGUGAUUGAACAUGACCUCAGUUGCAGGGGCGAUUGAGUCUAAUAUCACCCUCUUCCAGCCACAUUUCUUCGUAGAAUACAGUUGAAGUCAUCUAUCGUCCGAGGUGUGAGAAUUGGGUAAGUUAUUCCAAGAAAGGUCGAGCCUUUGGAGACGAGAGCUCAAAGAAAGUGCUAAUGGAAUCAAUCAUCAUCCCCACAGGCAACAACUGAUGUUAAGUUCAAUCACUUGGCCCGACGUCUCAUCGCGUUUAACUCCAUCCCAUAAGCAACAAUCUCUGUUCAUAUUCCAUGAGACUGUUUUUGGGUAAGAUUGUUUAUCAUAAUAAUCAUAAAUACUAGAUGACCGUGCUUGUUGUUUAUGUUGCUCAGACUCUUCAAUGAUUUCAAUGGAUGCGUGUUGGAUUCACCAAAAGUAGUGUAUUUUUGGAGAAUCCGACACGGGCGCGGCAUCGGAAGUGAAGAGUCCGCGCAACAAGUAGGUCCCUCGUCAAGUGUUUGUGAUUACUACAAUCAACAAUCUUAUCCAAAGACAAUCCAUGGAAUAUGAGCAGAGAUUGAUGUCUAUGGGAUGGAGGAAAACGCGAUAAGAUGUGGGGGUAUGUGAUUGAACGUGACCUCAGUUGCAGGGGCGAUUGAGUCUAAUAUCACCCUCUUCCAGCCAGUGUAUGAACUCUAGCAUUGUAUUACGAAUUGAACAGAAGAAAAUGACUUUUUCAGAUCUCUCGUAUGUAAAAACGAAGAUUUCUUGUAAAACAGAUAUGUACAAGUAAAAGCAAGUUUGUAAAGUAAUGAAAAUCAUUUCUUAUAUACUAAAGGAGCACAAUUUUAUAUGA